AUGGCCAUUGCUAAUCGAGAACAGUCGCUUGAGGAAAUCAUGCAGCACAUGCGAGACAAUCUACAAUUCACGCCGUCCAAACGUGCUUUCCAAACCCAAUUCAAAAGAUGGGAUUUCCCUUCUAAGCGCAAGCCUGCCUUUCGUGAUGAAGACUUGGUUGAUCGCGUAAAAGAACUCUGGGAGAACAAUUACAGUCAACGCAACAUGCUUGCCGUACUGCACUCUGAAGGCCAUGACAUCAAGGAACGUGAGCUCAUGAGACUUCGAGCAAAGAAUCGCUGGUUGAUGCGAAUUCCAAAUGGAGCGAAGCCAACCCCUGCUGAUGACGAAGAGGCCUCGAUCGAAGCUCAAUUACUCGAGGUGGCACAGAAUGAAGCCGCUCUUGAAGGCACCCUCACCCAGCCGACCACGACCGCCCCAGCUGCAGACGACCCUCCUCCAGAAUUCGUCGAGCGACAGAAGGACCGACUGGCUCGGCUCCAAGCUAUCAGUGAUGAACGAUGGGCAGCCAAGAAGCGUAGACGUCGAACUAAAGGGUAUGCCGGUCUUCCUGCAGAUCCUGAAGGGCUUGCCCCUCGCUUCCCUUCGGAGACGACGCUUGAGGAAAGCAGAGGAAUCUUGUCCUUGGACACCAAGCAAUAUCGCGCAGUCCGAGAUCAAUUCCAAGCAAUCUGUGAAGAGGAACAGAUCCUGCAAAAGACUGUCGCCGGCGCAGAGAAAUGGCAGGCGGCCAAAGAUCGCUUGGUUCGGGAGAAUACCCUUCUCCAAGCCGUUCUUUGGACCGAUAACACCAACAUGCAAAGCAAGGAACUCGCUCUCGAUGUCAUUUGUACCGAUGUGACGAAGCGCAUACGCACCAUGGGCCGUCGACUGACCAUCCUUGAAUCGAAGAAUGUCCUUGGACUCAACCCAGAGCAAAGCCGUCAAAUUCGGUCUGGCUUCUACGACAUCCUCAACUCGGAACAUUACACCAGCAAAUUGGAAAUGGGCCCCGAGAUGUGGAAGACACUGAAAGACCGGUGGAUCAGUGAGACACCUCUCUUGCAAGAAAUAUUGGCGCCUGGAAGUGCAGAUCCUGAUAAUGAGAAGAAGCAAGCUGCACUGGAGCUUUUGUGUCGCGAUGUUAUGAAGCGUGUUAGAGACGAUCGUGCAAAGAAGAAGGGCACCUUUCGAAAGCAACCUGCCCAACCCUCUACCCGAGCCGCUCCUGUUCCGGCGGAAAAGCCUGUUGUCUCCGCACCGUACGCGCCUUCGAUGCCUGCAAAUCCUUUCAGCGAUUUGCCAGCCGCGCCCGCAAACAACGAUUUGUCGGAGCUUCAAAUCGAUCCAAACCUCCUUCAGGCCGCUGACAACCUCGUUGAACCACCCGAGUCUACCAUGACCGCAGUGUACAUUCGACCUCAUCCAAAGUCGAAUAUGUACAACAACACCAAGAUGUGGCUGGGGUCGUUAUCAGGGCGUUCCGUUCGGGAACUGCACGCUCUUCUUGCGUCCAAAUAUCCCAACGCCAAACCAGAGCGCAUUGAUGGGAGUGAAAAGGACGCCACUGGCCAUGAAAUCUCGUACCUGAUCGAGGAAGAUGAAGAGCUUGAUGCAUACUUGGACCACGUUGAGGGCCGUAAAGCGACCUUCGUCGUUCUCCUGAAAAAGGUCUAG